AUGGAUACUAAAAACAACCAUUCAGGCUUCCAAUCAGAGAUGGCCCAGUCCCCAAACUCUUCGGCCCCCAUAUGCCCAGCUCAAGGUCUCAACAUAGAACCCUCUGGGACAAUAACACUGAAAAUGCACACGGCUGUUUUGCCAUUGUGCCUUGGGGAGGGCAGCGUAUUUCUGCCUGUGCACCUCCAGAUGCCCACAGGGGCUCAAGGAAAAGGGAUCAGUCCAGCGGGAUCCUCACCAUUCCUCCUGCCCAGUCAUGGUCCAGGCUCCCUGUCUCUGAUGUUAGAGCAACAUGUCUUCCAACAUUUUAAUUCCCAGUUUCUCCCCCAAGGCGUUCUCUGUUCUGCCCCUCCACCACUGCAGAACAGCAUGCUGCACUGUAACUCCCCCUUCACGCUCUGUCAGCCCUCACCCAUGGAGCCGAAGGUGGCAGAGCGCGAGCCAGCCCCGGUCACACAGGAUGGGCUUGCUGGCUUUGCCGCCAUUUCACAGGACCAGUUCACCACCCACAACAGUUUCACACCGUUUGGUUGCCAAAUGGCUGGACCCAACCCAACACAGACCUUUGCCCCAAACUUUGUACCCACUCCCCCAUCAUUACCUCUACCCUACGCCUGCUCUUCUCCACUGACGCCUCUAGUGCCCCCUCCCACCCUGCUUGUUCCAUUCCCCAUCAUUGUCCCUUUACCGGUGCCCGUCCCCGUCCCCAUCCCAAUUCCUCUAAGGCCUAAAGCUGAGCUGCACGAACCCAGAAGCACUGCUGCAGUGAGCACGCAGACCUGUGAUGGGAUUUUCAGUUCCGUCUAUGUUUCGCACACAGCAGGCUCCGAGGGAGUUGCACUGGACCUUUCUACAACAGCUGGGCCUUUAAGUCAACUGAAGCAAGAGGCGUCGGUUCCUCAAGACUCGCCUCUUGACCUGUCGGUGGCGUACCACGUCCACAAGCCACUGGUUCAGGUCGAACAGCCAGACGUCAAGCAGCCUGUGAAGAAUGUGCCCAGGUCGGCACGGUCUCUGGAGGUUCUCCCACCGCUGGGUUGUGGCCAGAAUUUGGACUCCGAGUUCCUCAAUGGCGUGACCUCGCUGGAGCUCAGCAGGCACCACAAAUGGUUGAUGGACGGCCGCUGCAGCCACGAACCCAAGUACGGCGCAAGGAAUUAUGAGAUCGUCAGCGCCUCACAGACAGCCAAGGUCAUUGUGGCCGUCAAGGACAGCGUUCCCACCAUUUUCCGUGGAAAGCUAAAGGAUCUUGCCGGAGUGCCUGCCAAUACCUUCCCCUCCAAGCAGGACAUGGAGCAGGGUGCCUUGGCCCAGCAGCACUACAGCCCAGUCCUCACGGCCCAGAGUGAAACAGGCCACCUCACCGACCCCAAGAGAAGCACUCCCCGAAACAGGUCGGUGAAACUGAAGAAGGUCAGUUCACAGGAGAUACACAUCCUCCCCAUCAAGAAGCAGCGCUUUACUGCUUUCCUCCACAGAGAGUAG